CAGCUCCAACGCAAAAAAAGGAGGCCAGGGCUGCCAAGGAGCGGCCUAGCGCGUCUCCUGGGCAUGGCACGCACCUAGUAUCAGGCCUGGGGCAGCCCUAACACCCACCCGCUCGCGUUGGGCAGCGACAGCGCAGUGCUCCUGACAGUGGCAAAGGCUGCCGGCAGCGCUGCGCCGAUAUGGCCACGGUGCAGCAGGUGCGCGACCUUCGCGCAGAGGGCGCGCCGGCGGACCUCAGCCCGGAUUCGGAUAUGGAGAGCCCCUCGAUGAAGCAAGCGCGCGAGUUGGGCUAUACCGCGUCGGCGUUCCCCGACGAGGCCGCCUCGCCUUUGCCAGACAUCGAGCCCGUCUUCGGGCGGCCGCGGACGCCGCAGCCCUACGACUACACGCCGCCUCCCAACCUGCUCGAAGCGUUACGAGGCGCGUUACCGUACUGGGGCCAGGGCGCCGAGGACGUCGAGAGCAAUGCCAAGAGCGACGUCCAGAAUGCAAGUGACGAGGAGGUCAAUAGGGUGGACCCGGAGACGGGCGACACUCCGUUGUUGUUGAGCGCGCAGUACGGCGCGGGCGAUCUCGUCGAGAUGUUGGUCGAGCGAGGCGCGGACGUGGACAUCACGCUGCCGUCCGGCGCGACAGCUUUACACUACAUGACGAAUUCGUCCACAUUAUGUCCGGACGCCGUGAUUGCUUUGUUGGCCGUCGGGGCGGAUCCGAGCGUCGCGGACCUGCACACGGGCGCGACGCCUUUGAUGUACGCGGCGGACGCGGGCCAUUUGCGGCUCUGCGAGCAGCUCGUGAAGCACGGCGCCGACGCCGCGCAAACGGACUUCCAGGGCUACGACGCGGCGGGCUGGGCGCGGUCCGCGGGCCAUUCUGAUGUAGAGGCGUUUCUCACGUCGAAGACGACGGACGCGUUGAGCAGCCCCGUCGCUACAGACUAUAACAUCGAGGUGGCUUCGCCGACGGUCGUCGUGCCCGAGUCGGCGUCCAAGGCCCGGAGGAAGGACCGCGAGGACGCGCUGCACGAGCAGAUCCGCGAGCUGACGGAGGUGAAGGCUUCCUUACACGUCCAGGCGUCGCUGGUCAGUGCCGAGGCGGAGAAGGCCCAGAUGCGCGCCGAGCGCGCCGACGAGCAGCUGCAGUUGGCUCGAGAGGAGCUCAUCAAGCUGAAGAGCAAGCACCAGCAGGCCCUCGAGGACGCGUCCUCCGCCAAGGCUGAAUUGGAAGCGGCGCGCACGGCCGCGGACAAAGCUAGGACGUCCCUGAUCCAGGACGCGUCGACCCAUAAGGCCCGCGCCGACGAGGCCGAGUCGGCGCGCAUGAAGGCUUCUCAAAGGGCAGAUGAUGCUUUGGAAAGAGCAAUGCAGGCGGAAGCGCGCCUGGAGCGCGCGCGCGAGGAGGUCGAUUCCCUCAAGGCCGAGCGGGAUAAAGCUGUCUCAGAGCUCGACGAGAAGAGCGAUCAAUUGACAGCUUUGGAGAUCGAGAAUAAGAUGGAAGGAGCCGCGGCGAAGGCGCGCGACGAUGCGUUAAGUGCGGCGCACGCCGCGGCCCGGGCCGCGAUGAUGGCGGUCGUGCCUUCCACGACAACAUCUUCAUCCGAGGACAGCGAUACCUUGAAACUCGCCCUCGAGAGCGCCGAAAAGCGCGCGGUCCAAGCCGAGGCGGCGGCGAAGAACGACCGGAGUGAUGCGGAAAAGACGUUGAAUGCCGCCCGAGCGUCGAGCGCCGCUUUAGAUGCGGCGCUGCGAGAUCAAGGACGACUCGGUAGGUGGGCCGAACGGUUAAAGGGCGACAGGGACGCGGCGAAGAAGAAAUUGGAGGCGGACGGCGAUCGCGUCAAGAGCGCCGAGGAGCGGGCCGCGCAGUGCCAGGCGAAGGCCAAUGAACAGCAAGCUGCCUUGAACCAACAGCUGAAGGACGAAGCGGCCAAGCGCGCUUCGUUUGAAGCCACGGCCGCCACGGAGAAGCAGCGCGCCGACAAGCUCGAAGACAAGGCGAAACAAUUGGAGGCCGAGUUACUGGCGCUGGCCCAGGCCGCGAGCGGCGAGGCGCGCGACGCGGCAUUGGAGGCGGCCCACAAGGCGCGCCUCGACGAGGCCGAGGCCCAGCGGUCGAAAGCUGAAGAAUCGCUCGCGGCCAAAGAAUCAGCACUCCGCGAAGCUCAACAGUUGCUGGAGGAAGCUAGAAAAAGCCAGAGUGUUGCUAAUGAAGCUUCUCGACGAGAUGAGACCGUGGCUUCUCUAAGGGAUGUGUUGGUCGAAUUCGACGGACGCGCAGCGGCGGCGGCGCGGCUGGCCGUCGUCGAGGAAGUGCAAAAAUUAACGGAAGGUCUGGAGCAGGCCCAGUCCCGCAACGGUAACAUGGAGGCCGUUGAAACCGCGCGCAAGGAAGCCCGCCAGGAACUCGACAGAGUGAGAUCCGAACUCGCUCAAGCGCGAGAAAGCUCCGCCGCGGAUCUGGCGAGGCGGGAGCAGCUCGAGAAGAGCGCCCGAGACGCGGCCAGCGACCGAGAUCGAGCCCGGGCGAACUUCACGGAGGUCCGCGAACAAGUGAUGAAAUGUAAAGCAGAUCUGUUGAGGGCGGAAGCGGAGCGGGACAAUGCGACGAACCAAUUGGAUUCAAUCAGGGAGCGCUGCCAGAAGGACCUCGAGAAUUUGGAGCGGCGAGCGUCCCAAGCGGACGAGCGGGCCAAGAGACUAGAGUCAGAUCUUAAUGAGGCGAAAAGUUCUCUGCGGAGAAAGGACGAGUUCUACGAAGAAAAGCUCAAAAGGAGUGAAGAUGAAAGCAGGAGGCAGCAAUUACGGGACGAGGAUUCCCGGUUGAAUAGAGAAAGGGCUUCUCGGCUGCAGUACGACGAGGAGAUCAGUAAGUUGAGAGAUGAGGCGGCCCGAGCUCAGGCGGACGUCGUCAGGUAUCGGGAUAUGGCUUCUCGUGUCGAAGCGAGUACGGGGAAUGCCCUUGAUAGGGUCCACGCCGCGGAGGCUUGCUGCGACGCUCUGCGGAGAAGACUCGAUGAUUUGACCGCGGAGCUAGCCUCGCGAGGUGAAGAGGCUACAUCUUUAACUAAAGAUGCCAAGGCCGACCGAGAGAAAUUGCUGAGGUUAUCAGUGUCCGAAGGCGAAUUAAGGGCCAAGGUCCGGGACCUCGAGAAACGAGCGGCCAAGGCAGAGCAGGACCUGACGCGAGAGUCGGCAUUACGUCGUAGAUUACAUAAUCAGAUCGAGGACAUGAAGGGCAAGAUUCGGGUGCUCUGUCGCGUGAGACCGCUCUCGAAGAAGGAGUCGGGCGACGACUGCGGAGUCGUGAAAGAUGGCGAAGGGUCUCUGACCGUGCUACCGGCGAAGGAGAACCAGGAGAAGAAGCGGUUCCACUUCGACGCGGUCUUUGAAGGGGUUAAAGAGGACAAUUCCCAGGCGAAACUGUUUGAAGAUGUGAGGCACCUGAUCACGUCGACGGUCGACGGCUAUAAUGUUUGUCUGUUCGCCUACGGGCAGACCGGUUCCGGUAAAACAUACACGAUGGGGUCCGACUCCAAAAUUAAAGAUGCGUUGGAUAGUAAUGGUGUGAUCAAGUCCGAAUCUGCGGGCAUAGCCCCGCGGGCCGCCCAGGCCAUAUUUGAUAUUUUAGCCGAGAGAGGUUUAGAUUCAAAUGUGUCGUUGCAGAUGUUCGAGGUGUACUGCAACAAUCUCGUGGAUCUUAUGGUGCCCCCUCGCAAAGUGACACCCAUGGAUCAAGGACCUUCGUUAAAAAUUACGUUGGCGGAGCACUCGUCGACGGGACUAGUCCAGGUCGACGGCGCCAAAUCGAAGCGAGUCAUGUCGGCGGUCGACUUAGUCAAUGCUUUGUCCGAUGGCAUUCAGUCACGCACGGUCCACGCGACGAAAAUGAACUCGGAGUCUUCUCGGUCUCAUUUAGUGAUGGGAGUGACCAUCACUACGACCAAUAAACGGACGGGCGCUUCGACGACCGGUAAAUUAACUCUGGUGGAUCUCGCUGGUUCGGAACGUGUGGAGCGGUCGGGAGCCGAAGGCCAGCAAUUAAAGGAGGCCGCGGCCAUCAACAAAUCGCUGUCGGCUUUGGGCGACGUCAUUAAUGCGUUGACAUCCGCAGAAGGCGGCCACGUGCCCUACCGGAACCAUCCUUUGACAAUGCUCAUGUCCGAUUCUGUGGGUGGCUCCGCGAAGACGAUGAUGUUGGUUUGUAGCUCACCGGCCCAUGCCAACGUCGCCGAAAGCGUCAGUUCGUUCCAGUUCGCCACGAGGUGCAAGGACGUCGUGUGUGGGUCCGAUCCCCGCGCUGCUGCCGCGGAGAUCGCGAAGCUGAAGGCCGAGGUCGCGCGGCUGAAAGGGAGUAGUCGGGCGCCGCCGCCGAACCGCCCCGCUCCAAACGUCGCGCCGCGGGGGCCGGCGACCCUGGCGAAGCGGCAUUCUAGGAGGAAUGGGUAAUUUGAGGGUAU